AUGGAUCCCCAGAGCGUAGCUUUCCAGCCGCGCGACGAUCUCUGGCGCUUCCAGAGCGAGAUGCUUCGAGUACAAGAGAGCCAGGCCGAACUUGCUGACCGUGUCGCCCGUUUGGAGCGUAAGCACGACGACGACUCACGCCUAAAGAACGUUUGGGGAACAUCGUCGCCUUUCCCUUCAGUCCUGGGCGGAACCCCACAGCAAGUGCCCUUGCAGCAGCCUACUGCCGAACACUUUUCCAACUUUGACGGCCAUUCCACCAACCUCAUCGGCAACCUCCAGCUCGAUGAAGACGAAGUGCCCCGCCGCGUAGGCGUCACAUCGCGCGCCAACAGUGUCCGUUUUGAUGAGACGGCAAACCACGGCCACUGGGCUCACGCGUCACGCUCUUCGCUCGACCUGAUACCCCGCACAGGCAGCGGUCUGGGUGGGCAUGCCAUGAGCGAACGCAGCUACUCGCACAAGUCGGACGGAAGGCAAAGCUCAACCGGCCACUCGGUGCACUCGAUGGCCUCUGGUCGGGCAAACAGCCUGACGAGCUUUGGGCCGACGACGCCUCAAGACGCCCCAGGACUGGCUCCUGGCUUGUUCAUUCUGGGCUCUGUGCCCGCCAUUAUACGUUGCUGGCUCAACACUAACUUCAAGCACGAUACUUUGUUGUACGCAGCCGUGUGCUCGGGCUCAUACACAUCCUAUCUGGACCUGCACCUUAUCAAACACCUUGGCUUCCAAGACCAGGUCGUGCUCGACGAUGACGGUCUUCGCAAGAUCAAAUUGUCCGUCUACCUCCCCGAAGCCGUGCCGGUGUCAGCUUCUUCCCGGUCCACUAGCUCGGCGCCACAACUUCCCUCAAUUGGUGUUAACUUCACUGUUGUUCAAGAACAUGAUUCCGAAGCCAAUCCAAAAGCCCUUCAGAUCUUUCUCGGCAGCGACAUGCUCCGCGCCCACAAUGCCGACCUAUUGUUUUCGUCUAGCCAGCUAACCCUCUAUGACGACGACCACAGCAAACUUCAGAUACCUUUGGUUCGUCCGGAAGAUGAACGUGCCUUCAAGUCGCUACAUGUUUCCAGUCGAACCUGUGUCCCGUCAGCCGACCAGAGUAAGAGAGAUGUGAUGGCUGCCUCGACACAACAUCGUUCGACAAGUGACGGCUCUGCUACAUCUGCUGCCCACGAUACUUUUCUGUCUACUGAUAAGUCUACUGACACAGGCACGGCGACAAACUCGGAGAACGGGAGCUCGAGUGGCCGCAUGAGUCUUGAGCAGCGUCCGCGUCUCGGUCUGUCACUAUCAAGUCGUCUGGAAGAUGCAAGCGCAGGGGAAUCUGGGGCUGCCAGUGGGGCGCCGCGCUCUACAGCACCAUCGGCCAUCUGGAGCAACUGGCGGCGGGACCAAGCCGAGAAGGCUACGGCUGCUGCUGGGCCGUUGGACUGGGCGAGCGUGGGUACAAGCACGAGCUCAAACCCCAGCUACCAACGACGCGAUACGGGCAUCAAGGUGCUGAAGCCGUCCAAGUCGGCGAGGACCAUGUCGGGGUCAAACUCACUGCCUACUACGGGACAGUCACGCUUCUUCGAUGAUGGGAAGCGAAGGGGCGAGACAGAGAGUGAGACGAGCAGUAGUCAGGCACCGCCACAGGCGAAGAGGACGGUGUCUGCAGACAAGGCAAAGGAGAGUCAUGGGACAGCGACGAAACCACGGGCAGCCAAUCCGCGGAAGAUCGUGGUCCCCGCCAGAGACUCGCCAACCACCAGGGACGACGGGCACUCGCCGCCGAAUGUGGGCAGCGCUGGCGUAGUAGUAGUAGGCUCCCCUCGCUCCUCCCCGCAGCCUUCAGCAUCACCGCCACGCUACCUGCCACCGCACCUGCACGACGAGGUCCUGGUCGACGCUUCCGACUCGGCCUCUGCCUUUGCACGAGACCACAGCAACGGCGCCAGCUCGCCCAGCGAAGCCUACGCCAACCUGACCCUCGACAGCCGCGAGGCCUCCAUCACCGACCUCGACCGCACCCGCGCUGCCGAACAACUGCCCUCCGCCUCGCGGCCCCCGCCCCGCGCCUCCUCGCCCGCUAAGCGCUCUCACUCAGACAUGGAUGACAAGCCCGACCCCGGCUCUGCUCCCCGCAACACCAAGUCGCUGUCCACAGGCCCAUCACAGCCACAGGCACAGGCACAACGCAGUGCGCGUGCCACAUCGGUAGACAUGGCCGACACCCCCAACAGCGGCACCUUUGAUGCCCAUGACCAGGCCCCGGUCUCGUCGUCCACCGUCGCCGCCGCCGCCGACGCCUCGCCCCAGGCCCAGCUGCCCAGCAUAGACGAGCAGGUGACUCGCGUCAUGGGCAUGAUGAACAGUGAGCCUCUGGUCGACCGCCAGGAGGGCUACAUCAUUUCAGAGCGGUGGCUAGAGCGUGUCUGGGCAAGAACGUCGGAGAACGUGAGCAGGCCGCAGGACUUUAGCAAGGAAGCGACCCAGGGCCCCGUGGGUCCCGUCGACAACUCGCACCUGGUCGACACGGAACUACUGCAAGAGGACCUGGCCGACCAGCGCGGCGAAGACUUCAUUCCGCUGAGUAAAGCUGCGACACUCGGCCAGGACUUUGAGGUUCUCCCGCGCAAGGCGUGGGAGCUGGUUCUCAGCUGGUACGGACUCAACAAGGGCAGUCCGGUCAUACGGCGUUACGCCCACAAUACCGUUCCUGGCCAAGCGAGCGAAGACAUUUCAUACGAGCUCCACCCUCCCGUUAUUACUAUCCGCAAAGUGCGAAAGUCAGCCAAUCCUGCCGAUAACUCCAAAUUGGCGGAGAAAAUCGUCGCCAGCCGCUACGAGAGCUUCGUCACCUUUCUCGAAGCCGCCAAAAAGGCUGUGGGUAUCGACUUGAACAACAAGGUUCGUAUAUGGAGGAUUCUCUCUACUGCACCUACAGACAAACCUCAGCCGUCCCAACCAUCCGCCAUACUCACUCCAGACGCAUCACCCCGCAAUGGUUCGCCUGUCGCUCCCACGGGCGUUCAACGGCCUUCUCUUGUCAUGGAUGUCGCAAGUUUUAACAUGCUUGCGUAUGGGUCGGAGCGUGAGCUAGUCACGGGCAAGGAUGAGAAGGCUAACGAGAUUUACAACGAGUCUCUCACUCUGGCCGAUGCCGGUCUCACACAAGAUCAAACAAUCGUUCUCGAGGAGCACGACGAGAAGGGAGAGUACAUUUCAGACACCAUCAAAGAGGCGUCCAAGAACAAGGCUGGCGCUGCAGCAGGAAAAGGUCUCCAGAGUACCACCACCAGCGGGAGGAACACACCCACGGGUGGCCCCCUAACACGCGGAAGGAAGCAGAAUGGUAAAGUGCGUGGCCAUGUUGGCUUGACAAAUCUGGGCAACACUUGUUACAUGAACUCAGCCCUUCAGUGUCUCCGGAGUGUCGAGGAGCUGAGCAUGUACUUUCUGAGUAACAAAUGGAAAGAAGAGGUCAACGCCGACAAUCCCAUUGGCCACAAGGGCGUCAUCGCAAAGUCGUACGCUUCACUGCUGAGUGCCAUCUAUAGUCUCGACAACAACUCAUCCAUCUCACCAAAGGACUUUAAGCAGAAGCUAGGAAGAGCCAACAGCCUAUUUUCCGGUUACGGUCAGCAAGAUUCCCAAGAGUUCGUCAGCUGGUUGGUGGAUGCACUGCACGAGGAUCUCAACAGGAUACACAAAAAACCAUACCGGGAAAACCCAGAUUCAGAAGAUGACACUUAUCGUGACCCAGAGGCUGUCAAGAAGCUCGGCGAAAUCUAUCGAGAUAAUCAUCGCGCUCGAAACAACUCGGUAGCGAUGGAUCUGUUUAGCGGAUUUUACAAGAAUACCAUGGUCUGUCCAGACUGUGAGAAAGUCAGCAUAACAUUUGACCCCUACAGCCAACUUACCCUACAAUUGCCCAUAGAGCAGACUUGGACUCACACUAUCACAUACGUGCCGCUUUACGGAAAACCCUAUCAACUUGAGGUUGAUAUUGACAAGAACGCGACCAUCAAAACGCUUAAAGAGUUCGUCGGCAAGCGUGGCGGCGGCGUCCCAGCUAACCGCAUAAUGGCGUCUGAGCUUUACAGCCACAAGUUCUACCGUCACCUGGAGGAUUCCCUCACUGUGUCCGAGUCGAACAUUGGAGCUAGGGAUGACAUUUAUUUUUACGAACUCGACAUGGCACCAAGUAAUUGGCCUGCUCCCAAAAAGAAGGGGUCAAAGUACAAGACGAUGCUUUCCCAAUCUUCCGACGAAGAUAUUCCAGACACCGCUUCGCCGCUGCAUGACCGAAUCGUAGUCCCUCUUUUCCAUCGGAGCCCCAGUGUAUCUGCUUAUAGAUCCACGAGCACCGGCAUGGCGCUUUGGCCAAGUUUCAUCGUUCUGACAAGAGACGAAGCAAGGGAUUAUGACGCUAUUUUCAGAAAGGUGCUGGCAAGGGUUGCGCAAAUGACCACGCGGAAGAUACUCAGUGAGCUCAGUGGAUCAGAUCAGUCGCAAUCUGGUUCUGAUGUUGUGCUAACAACAGAAGAAGAUGCUUCGCCGAACGACCCUCAAGUCAAGGAUGGCUCUGUGGAAGGUGAAGACAUGGUCGAGGUGACAAUGACAGACGCCAAAGAAACUCCUCCCGCUCAGGGAGACGAUGCCAAUCAGAUCCCAGAAGUGCUACGUCCGGGUAGUUUUAUCCAUCCCGAAUUCAGGCAACUGUUUGAAAUGAAGCACACGAGGAAGAGUAAUGAGAUUGUAACUACCGGAUGGAGUACAUUGGAUCACAAUCGCGCAUGUGAGCCCAUUUCGAAACGCAUCCGGGUACCGCCAUCACGAGAAGAGUCCGUCCAGUCUUCUGUCGGUGGAAGCGAGCCUACCUCAAGUGAUGAAGAUGAAGACGCCUCGCAGUCGACAAUUGUCGAUGCCGAUCCCGCAGUAGACACGACAAACCACAGCAGCGACGAGGAAAUGCAAUCGGUAGAGCCAGAAACGACAGAGUUUGCACGAUCCGGUCGCCAAAAUAAGAAGAAGAGCAAGAAGGCACGGAAGCAUGAGCGGAAAAUCGAGCGGAAAAAUAAGAAUAAUAAGAACUUCAAGAACCGCAAAGGUGGUAGGGUGCCCGAACAGCCCAACUAUCCGGACGACCCGGAUGAUGAGGCUGAUGACCGUUUGAUCCGCAUGGGCGAGGGCAUUGUCCUUGACUGGACCUCCGAGGCCAUUGAUGCUUUGUUUGGCGGUACUUCAGAUGACGACCCUCGAGGCGCCGACGUCAUCAAGUCUAUUGAGGUUUUUGAUGAUCCUGAGAUUCGAGACAAGAAGGCCAAACGUGCAGCUCGUAGAAAGAACGGAAUCAACCUGGAUGAGUGCUUCACAGAAUCGUCAAAGAGCGAAGUGCUCUCCGAGGACAAUGCAUGGUAUUGCAGCCGGUGUAAAGAAUUGCGUCGUGCAACAAAGACGUUGGAAAUCUGGACCGUUCCUGACAUCCUCAUCAUACACCUCAAGCGUUUCAGUGGCCACCGAACAUUCCGAGAUAAGAUUGAGGAUCUAGUUGACUUUCCAGUUGAAGGACUGGAUCUUUCCGGCAAAGUCGGUUACCCAGAAGGCAAGGAUCUUACCUACGACCUUUUCGCCGUUGACAAUCACUACGGUGGGCUAGGAGGGGGCCACUACACAGCCACUGCUCAGAAUUUCUUCGACAAGCAGUGGUACGACUACAAUGACUCCAUUGUCUCCCGCUGUGACUCUGGUCAGAAGGCCGUUUCGAGAGCCGCAUACUUGCUUUUUUACCGCCGUCGCUCGCCUGUCCCUUUAGGCCCUCCAGAGCUUCAGAAGGUGGUAACCGCCGACGUCAGCAAUCCCGACUCUGACGAUGAAAACAAUACGGACGCGGACGAUCAGCAGGCCCGCUCCCGCUCACCGGCGGGAAACGGCUUGCGCCUCGGCGAUUCGUCCCGCAAUGGGUCGUCGAGCGCUGGCGCAGUCGGAGCGGGAGCCGCAGCCCUGCGCGGGGAUGGCUUUCAGCGUUCAGCAGCCGGGAGCCGUCCAAAGAGCGGAGCCGCAGCCGCGAACCUGAGUGACGACGAUGACCUUCCCCCAUAUGCUGACGAAGACGAAGGAUUUGUGGAAGAUUCGUACAGCAACAAUCCUUGGGCCACCGACAACGACCAGCCAAUGUGGAGUUUCAAUGCGCUGAGCGACAACGCUGCUCGCAAUGAUAAUGACUCAGAUACCGGUGGUGUAGUUUCUGACACGGGCGCAGCAUCAACGGGUGACGGCAUGGAAUUGAGUGAUAGACUUUUGGAAGAUUUUGGUGACGACGAGCCUGCCAAGGGAGGAUGGGGUGGUGUUGCCACACCCGUCACGCAACAGGAUGACGAGGUUGCCGAGAUUCGGCUGAUUGGCGAUUAAUUGUUGAAAAGGGCGCAUUCACUGGACUUUAGAAACUAGACGGAAACAUGGUUGACGCAAAGAGGACCAUGAUAUUGUGAUAUUAGGGGGUUAUGGUGGAACUGACGCAAAGUGGCGUAUUGUUGCAUAGCAUCUGUAGGCGCAGGUUAGGCGUAUCAAUCGAGCAUGCAUUGUUCCCCAA